UAUUAAGUCGUGUCGCGCAUUUCGCAUAAUGGCGUUCUUUUCCGUUUUUUCGUGAUAAUUCCCGUAGAAGACGAUAUUAACUGUUAUGGCUUAUCAUAAAUAGUGAAAUGGAGUAUAUAAAACAUUAUGUUCGAAAUCUCCUUGGCCUAGGUGGAGAAGAACACACAACAACAAGACCGACUUUCAAACGAGACAGGAUCGACGAUGACCCGUCCCUGCACGAAGGCUCGCCGGCUCUCAAGAGACACAGAACUUUGCCCAAGUCUGCGUUUCCUGACAUAAUGUCUCUCAAUGAUUGGGACAAAGAUGAGAGGUCUAGAUCAAAGGUGCGGUACGUGCCGAUCCAGUUUGAAGGAGGCCCCAGCACGUCCACGCCAAACAUAGAAUCACAGAAACUAGGAAGUCAAGUUAGAUCAGUACCAAUCAAACUGGUAGAUGUGAGUAGGAAUGGCACGGGGACCCCGGCCCGGCGGCCACGGAUACAUACCCCCGUGCGGCCAGUCAUACACGCAGUCAUCGAUGACGAUGAUGAUGACAAUGAAGUUACUUGGGUUGAAACAAAACCUAGACAAGAACAACAGAAAAAGUCAAAUCCUAAAGUUUAUAUAAAUCUUGAUGAUGAAGAUGAUGACAAUAAUGAUUGUGGCCAACCUGAGGAUGUAAUAUUUGUCAAAAAGAUAACCACACCUCCACCAGUUCAACCUUAUAAAUUCUUUGUGACUAAAAACCGGGAUGUGACUGAUUCUACUGAAGAUGAAAACAGGUCACCACAGUAUUAUCGUAUCUUAAAAAACAAAAAGUUAUAUGACCGCAACACUGCCAAUGUAUCUCCUAAACAAUUUAGCAAAUUCAAAGCUCCCCCAGGAAUUACUAAAGCGCAUAAAAGGUCUUUCACGCCUGUGCCGAGAUGGAUGCAACCCUUAGCCACUUCUAAUGCUUCUCAAGCAAGAAAUAGAUAUUUAAGUUUAAAUGGAAAUGCAAGAUCAGCAAUAUCUGAGGUAUUCAAUCUUGAUGAGAAGCGAAGUUACCAGGAACUCAUCAGGAAAGCUGCAAGUUCAUUGAAACAAGCUACAGCAUCUAAGCCUUUUGAAAUAAUAAACCUAGCUGAAGAAUCUGCCUCCUUUAGAUCCACUCAAAGAUCUCAGAAGAAAGCCCUAGAUGAUAUUAAAUUUGUAGAAAGAGGAGUGAAUGCAGAAAAAGCCAGUGAAUCAACAAGAGAGUAUGACCCUGUGACAGUUGCAUCAAUCAAUUCAUCAGAUUCUGAGGUAGAAGUAGUGCCGUCGGAGUCAUCUACCUCCUCAUCUAUUAGGAUAGACCCAGUGAACUCUUUGAGAGACUCAUAUAAAGACAAAGCUAUCACAUCAGAGGAUUGGUUAGCAAAACUAGAAUCUAAAUACAAGAAGAAGCGUCAAGAUACCCAGGAGAAACUGAAGGAUGCAAGACGAGACAAUGAUAUAAUAAGUAAAGUUAACUAUGAACAGAAGCUAGCGCAUUUAGAAUAUAAAUUAAAGUAUGAGUUAAGUAUACCGGAGAGCCUGAUCGAGGAGGCUCAGCCGGCGGUAGAACUACCAGAAUUAACUCCCGAACAGGAGAAGUUAGUGAACAGAGCACUUGGGCCCGGGCCGCCUGGACAAUUACUAGUUGAGAAGUUUAAUCUGAGAAUACACAGACGCGACCUGCAGACGCUGGCGGGGCUGAACUGGCUGAACGACGAGGUGAUCAACUUCUACAUGAACCUGCUGAUGCAGCGCAGCGAGCAGCGGCCGGACCUGCCCAAGGUCUACGCCACCAACACCUUCUUCUACCCCAAGCUCAUGCAGGGCGGCCAGCCGGGGCUAAGGCGGUGGACUAGAAAGAUAGACAUAUUCGCGCACGACCUGAUGGUGAUCCCGGUGCACCUCGGCGUGCACUGGUGCCUCUCCCUCAUCGACUUCCGCGCCAAGCGCGUCGCGUACCUGGACAGCAUGGGCGGCCGCAACCAGGCCUGUCUGGACGCGCUGCUGAAGUACUUGCAUGAUGAACACCAGGACAAGAAGGGGCAGCCGUUCGACAGCCAGGGCUGGAAGACUGAGUGCUUGAGCAAGAACAUUCCUCAACAAAUGAACGGCAGCGACUGCGGCAUGUUCUCGUGCACGUUCGCGGAGUUCUCCGCUCGCGACGCGCCCUACACGUUCUCGCAGCAGCACAUGCCGUACCUGCGCCGGAAGGCGGCGCUCGAGAUCCUGCAGGGCAAGCUGCUGCUGUAGGCACGCUAGCUACCAGCCGGGUAGGCAGCACCGGAGGGCUCCAGACUGACUAAAGAACUUGUGAUGUGAUUCUACGUAGAUGAUAUUAGUGGUUGGACUGUGCGGUUGAGAUGGAUUGGUUAAAGCUGCUAAUGUUUUUCGCAAUGCUACAGUCUUAACUGAUGUUGUAAAAUUCAUCAAUGGCAAUAGUUAUAUGCAAACAUGUGGAACACUCAGGCCUUGGAUAAGCAGUUACUUCAUGUGUAUGGCACAAAUUCAAGUAGUAAGAAGGAUCUUUCAAUCAAUUUAUAGUUUACAUGAAAGGUGUAGCACACGAUCCCAGUGUAAAGUGAUGGCUGUGGUAUAUGGCAACUCUGUCUCUGUCCAACAACGCCGCGAUGAGGUCAAAUAAUAAUACUUAUUGACUUUAGUUUUUAUUGAUUCCAUUGCAACUUGAAAUGUUGAUACAUGAAGUGUGUAACGGCAGAAUCUAUAACAUCCAUUAUUAUUAGUAUUUAUUAUGUAAAUAAUUUUGCUACACAUUUAGAUUAACAAAUUUCAUUGCUUGAAUGGUAUGGGAUCGCUUAUGUUUUUCUCAUAUUCUUCCAAAUUUUUUGUUAGUAUGUGUGUGAUGGAGUUCAGAAACUCCCAUAUUGUCGCCGAAGAAAUAUUAUGAAUCAUUAACGUAUUGGCAGAGCCAUGAUAGAACGAUCCAUUUUAUGCACUUCCAUAACUUAUAUUCAUAACUCAUACGAAACACAAUCUCUUGAUGAAUGAUUUGACGUUGUGCAGAGCAAAGAAUAUUAAAUUCACUAUAUUUUUUUUUAAACUUAUUCAUUUUGUGUGUUUACAAAUACGUAGGAAAUCUAUUUCGUAAUUUAGCUUUGUAUAUGUAUGUUUCUAUGUGUCAUUGGUAAUGACCUUCAUCUUAAAAUUGUAUAUUUUGAACUGUAAUAGCUAUCGUUGGGGGUACCCAAGAGUUUAGCUUCCCUAAAUAGGAAGUUCUCUCAUGUUUUUUAGUAUCUUAUAAGUAAUUUCGUCAGCGCGGAUCGGAUAUUCUUUCCUCUGCGUACCAAUGACAAUCUGACUAUCCUAAUAAACAAUAGGCUAAACAUGUUAUAAUUUGUAUAGAUAUUAAUUUAAGUAACAGUAAGUUAUACAUAUAAUUUUCUUAUUUAACAUUGUCUUGUUUUCAAUCCGAAUAAGAAAAUCUUUAGUUUAUAAAAUACAUUUUCUAUGCGGUAUAAAAUAAAUAAAAAAUAUCAAGACA